AUGAACAGAAUGAUGAUUAAGAAGAGGAUAGUAGAAUCAAAGAAUCACUUUUAUCUCAAAUCAGUAUGCAUAGAUUUUAUACCCCACCACUUUUUCUUACGUUAUCAAAGACUGUGUUAUGGCAACUUGGUAGAUAAUGCUUCUCAGAAGUUAGCUUGUCACCAUGCAAAAGGUUCAAGGAAUAAAGACAUGUGCAAGCACAUCCAAACGCAUAGUAGAAUAAAUUUUAAAAAUUGUGAGGAGCCCAACCUUUUUGAAGAAGAAUUAAGUAAAGUGUUCAAGGAGUACCCACUGCCAACUGAUAACAAAGAGCCGAUUGACAAUGAAGAAAUAUUAAUAACUCAUAAUAUGAAGAAUGAAAUAAAAAAUAUUGGCAAUGUUGUUAAGCUAGAUGAUUCUACAUAUGGGAUGGUGCUACAAAUUAAUAAGCACAAUGUGGUAAUAGGAAAAAUAAAGAAAACAAAAUUUGAUAAUUCUACUCCAGAAAUGGAAGAUUAUCACUUGAGAGUAGAGGACACGAGCAAAAAUACAGAGAAAUCUAAUGAAGGUACUUGUCAUUCUAUUUUCUCCCAGCCUGUAAAAGAAACAAACGUUUAUUCCCCAUUUGAAUACUUGAAUUAUCUCUUUUCAAAUGAACCAAUCAAUCAUUUAAAUAUAUUCAGACAUGUAGAGAAAGAAACAUAUCAUCGAAAGCCUAUCAUCAAGCAACUGUACACGAACUUGCUAUUGACAGAUCUUUUCAAUAAAAUAAAUUAUGGGCAGAAAAUUUGCAUAAUUGAAGAAACAAAAAAUGAUGGAAAAAAACAGGUUAUUAAAUCUAUUCUUUAUGAAAAUUUACUGACCAAUUUGGUUAAAAAGAAUGAGCAUUUUUUUAUCAUUUGUUCGAACAGCCCCAAGGCGGAAAUACUCAACGUUUUUCAUGAAUUGCAUGAACUGUUCAGAAAAAUGCACACUUGUUCAGGCGAAAUGGGAGGGGAAAAAAAGAACAGCUAUCUUGGGGAGGGUAGAAGCGCUGCUAGUUACCAAGAGAAGGGUCAGCACCCAGGAUACCACCAAACUGAUCAAUCAGGACACCACCAAACUGAUCAAUCAGGACAUCACCAAACUGAUCAACCGCGAGACAAGCGAAAUGUGCAGGAAUUGUACUCCAAAAACUACAUGCACGGCAAGGUAAAAAUGCCAAACGAUGUGCUACUGAUAAAUGCCUCACCAGAAACGGGGUCUAAAGUUUCGGUGUACAUUUCGCCACUCCUUUCCCUUUACAAUUUAAAUGAGUACAAAAAGAAGUACAAAAAUGUUUUAUUAAUUUUUUAUGAUGUAACCAUGUACAGCGAAAUUUCAUCAAAUUUGCAAAAAGAUAUGAAUACAUUUGUUCGCAGUUACUAUGAAAAAUGGGAAGGAAACACAUGGGGUAAGUCUUAUACAACAAUGAAGAUUGGUUUAAGAGACACUUAUCCAAUAUCAGACAUCCCACCCAUUGCGACCUUACCACUAUCUGUAUACACUGUGCUUUCAAAAUAUAUGGCAGCAUCCAAGUAUCCUCAUUUUGUGGGAGAAGUAGGUGAUGAAUCAACUGGUGGAAAAUAUGUAGGAAGUGAGAUGACCUCGUCUAGUCCCACCCAAGGCCAUAUUGGUGAUAAACAUGUACGUAAUUGCAGGUAUGCUGAUUCUGUGUUAGGUAGGGAACGCAUAACAGAUUCGCACAAGAUAGAUGCACACAUGUUAGAUACGCACAUGUUAGAUGCACACAAAAUACGUGUUAAUAAAAACCGGUGGGACAGCGGUGUAACCACAUUUUGCUUCCUUAACAAGGGAGAAGUAUCGGAUCCAGUAAAAGAUUAUGCAUUGUCAGUAAGCGAAAACAACAUGCAUAUGCUGAGAAAUAACUUUAAUAUUCAACCAGAAUUUAAUCUAAAUCAAGUAAUUAAAAAUGUAACAAAUGAAGAAAAUAAGGUUUGGGAAUUUAUCAAAGAAGAUAUAAGGAAAGUAAUUCAAAAGAGAAAUGAAAUGAUACUGUUAAAUGAAAAUAAAAAAAAUUAUAACAUUUUUAUAGACGAUUGGGAAUAUGAAGAUCUUAUUCAUUACAAUAGUAUAUAUUAUAUAUUGAUUUAUGUAAAUCAUCAAAUGGCUACUAUGAAUUCCUUUGAUAUUAUUCUCUUUCUCCGAAUUUUGUUAACGUACAAUUUUACAAAUUCAGUCAUUUCAAGAAAUCAUAUUCAUUCAUUUUAUAUCCAAUUUAAUCAAUUUUAUUCCUCAAACUCUAAGUACUUUUCUCUCCUCAAAAAUGCAUAUUAUCAACAGUUAAGCUCCUUCAAUGAUAGAAACAGGGCUCACAUAUUUAUACGUAAAAUUGAUCUUAUAUUGAAAUGUAUAAAUCCACCCUUCCGAUAUAUUCUAUAG